AAAAGGGGUGGGGGUGGGGGUUAAAAGAUUGCUUUUAAACAACCUUGAAUGUUCAUAAGACCACACUGAUUUGUCUGGAACACUAGAAGUGCUACUCUAUCACUUGUAAUGAGUAGGUGCUUCCUCCUCUCCUUUCCCUCCUGCCCCUCCAGCAGGCGGGUUUUUUUCCCUCUCCAGGUUUCCCUAUGGUUUAAAAAGUCGGCGCAUUCUGUAGCUCUCAGGUUUCACUCUUCACCAGGAAUCCGGAGGGAUUGUCCUGCUCGAGCAGUCUAGCCCUUACUGCUGCUGAGAGUUCAGUCCUUGGAGAAGAAUGUGAACUUGUGAGGUUUUUUAUUUGUAUUUUUUAUUUGCAGUUUUCUGAAACCCUCUGGAACUCAAAGGUGCACGGUACGAAAGCGCAACACACACACACGCGCGCGCGCGCAUACACACAUCAUAUACCCACAUGCAGCCUGAGGAUGUAAAUAAGAUUUUGUAUGAAGAGUGUGAGGACGAACAAACACACACACACACACACACACACACACACACACACACACACAGAGUGGAGCCAUGAAGCGUGAGUGCGGCUUCUGCAGCCUGCUGCUGUUUCAUGCCAUAGGAAUGAGGAUGAUGAUGUGGCGAUGAAGGAGGCAACCAAGGACAGACCUGUGUGAACACUGCACAGCAGGAACAGCUUUAAUAAUACCGGAGGUGGUGUAAAUGGAACCCUGUAUAUAUUGUGACCGGCAGGCCAGAGUCAAGUCAGUGCACAGGCUCUAGGAGCAGGAAUGAAGCUGAAAGUGAAGCGGCGCUACAUUGUGGUCUUUCUAUCUCUCCUCACCCUGUCAGUAGUGAUGAUAAACACAUAUUCACCUUUGCCCUGUGAACAGAAAUGUUUGCUCUCAGAAGGGCCUCACCAUAACCUACCCAUUGAGACAGAAGCAAGGAACUCUAAGCAUCUAGCUCCAAACAUUCAUAGGGGAUCUUGGAAGCUUUCUAAAAAGAAAGCUUUAGAAAAGCACACACUAGUAACUGACCUGCACCAACAUAUAAUCAGUAAACUACAGGAAAAUGUAAAUUUUUUAACGAGAAGUAAUGUAAAAAGAAUGUUUGUGAAACCAAAACAAGGGUCUUAUCAAGGGAAAAAGAAGCACUCCUCCCAAAUCAAUAUGGCAAAUACACAGAAUGUGUUGUCCAAGCAACUAAGCAAUGGGAAUGACUCUAAAUAUUCCAGUGAUCUUCUUGUUCCCAGACAUGACCAAGCCAUACCUCAGUCUGCCAGCAGGCAUUCCCUUCACACAGACAUUAAACCAUGCAGGCACAAAUGCACUCCAGAUGGGCCCAAACCAGCGGUGCUGAAGUCUAAAGCCGGUGUACGGCUGUCUACAGAACUUAAAUGGACCUUAAAAGGAGCCAAAACAUAUGAAAAGCAAGCAAAGCUCUCUGAGAAGAAGCAGCAUCACUCAAUGGAUGAGACUAACCGUGUUUCUGGAGAAGGGGCUGAGGGGUGGGACUUCAUGGCUAGUUGGUGUAAGACUUUGCAUGAUCAGCAUAUCAAUGAACUUUCUGAUCAAACUAGUGCUGAAUCUUUGCCCUGGUUUAGUAAGGAUGAUGUGCAGAAAAUGGAUUUUCUUGCCAAAGGCUCUGUGUUGAGUAAAGCCAGAAUUCCAGGCCAUGGCCAAGUGCUUCAAGUGGGACUUGGUGGUUGCAAUGAAAACACUUCUCCUCUAAAUGGGGACCAUAACACACUCUGUCAGACAGGACAGUGUGCCCUGAUCAAGCGCCCAAAUGAUUGGUUUGAGGUUUUUGCAUUCCAUUUGGAUAGGGUCUUGGGUUUGAACCGCAGUCUUCCAGCAGUGCUAAGGACCUUUCAUAGUGAUCUAUUACCAUAUAAGUAUACCAGUGGUUCUGGAAGACCUGUGGUCUGGUGGGACCCUGAUAUUCAGCACCUAGCUGAUGACGAUAAUGACCAGAACUCUUUCUCCCUCACCUGGCCCCAGUAUCAGGAUCUGUUAAAAGCAAGAUGUGGCAUGCAAGUACCUUUGAACUCAUCAGUGUGUGUAGGGGUACACCAUUCAGAGUGGGGAAGACUGGCCCUAUUUGACUUCCUGCUACAGGUGAAUGACAGACUGGACAGAUACUGUUGUGGGUUCCAGCCUGACCCUGCUGAUAUAUGUGUGGAAAACCUUCUCAAUGUCAAAUGUGCACACCCUAAAGAUUUAAUGCUGGUGCAUAUUUUGGUCCGGAGAACAGAUCCCUCCAGGCUGGUCUUUAUAGAUAAUGCAGGCAGGCCUCAUCACCCACAAGACAACCUCAACUUCAGACUGAUAGAGGGCAUUGAUGUGUUUCCGGAGAGAGCCAUGUCAGUGUUGCGGUCUGGCUGUUUGGAGCAGCUGCUCCUGCGCUCACUCUCUGUGGAUAAGGAGCUGUGGGAGACUCAAGGAGGAGCAGCAGGUCUUAGAGCCACCAUCCACACACUCCAGCACAGAGCUCAAAUUCUGCUGCAGCACAUCCAGAGCAAAAGAGUAAAUACUGAUUUGUGAAAAUACACCUAUUUAUAAGAAUUAUGCUGACUACAGGCAGACAUGGUUGCAAGUUUUUUUAUUGUUAGAAUGUGUAAUGCAGCUACUGCUUUAUGAAGUGCAUAAUAAUAAUAUUAAUAAUAAUCAUAAUCAUAAUAAUAAUCAUAAUAAAAAUAAUAAUAAUGCGGUGGUACAGUUAUUCUGCAACGUGAAAACAGCAUACUGCAGUGCACUUAUAAAAAUUAAAAAGUACUACUUCCAAUGUUGAUUGCUUUCUCAAAAAAAUUUAUUUGGGAAGAUUUUAUUAAAGAUUUUCACUAUUUAAAAUUCAAAAUUCUUUCUACAAAGAGAAAUCGUAGGCUAACCCUAAAAGUAAGUAGUUAGAUUAGUUAGCUAGUUUCUGGGUUCCUAUGCCGAUUUAGCAAAUACAGGAAUCAAAGUUAAACGUACAUCAAAUGAAAUUUAUAUUAAUCAUUAAAAAAAUCUGAUGCCUCAAACAGUAUGUUUUGAGAUGUGUGACUGUGCAAAAAUGAAUUUGCUCCUUUUUUUCUGUAAUGUGGUAACAAAUCUGAUCAUGCAGUAUCAUGCAGAGUUCAGAAAUUACUAUCAUCAACUGGGUUGAUGUGAUCGGUUAUGACUGUUAUGUAAUCUUGUACUAUUUGAAGAUAUGCUUAAAAAAUAUAUCGAAUUUUAUUAUUUACUGGAAUCAGCAAUAAUUCUAAUGCAUGACAAAAGACUAUAUUGUCUGACUUGUUUCCAGGUCAUUAUGAGAUUUUAAUUGUAGCUGUGUGUUAAAAGUAUAUUCACAUUUUACCUAUGCCAGCAUUGGUAUCAAUUAAUUUUUUAUUCUAAACAAAAAUGUGUUGUAUAUAAGAAGUUGUCAAACUGCUACAAAGUAGUCUGUUUCAAAUAAUAUAUUCUAAAUAAAAUCAUGUGCAUGCUAGUUGUACUAGUUUUGACACAUGUUUAAAUGAAAAAGGUUAUCUGUUGUGUGACUCAGAGUUUUGGAUUGCUCGAGGUCAAAUCUGCUGGUCAUCUGCUGCAGUGUUAACAGGAGUACAGACUGAAUGUAGCCUGCUGUAGAAAGCUAAAGAAAUGCUGCUGGUUGGAAAAUAUGUCUAAUAAAAAAGGAAAUAUAGUGUCAGCAUUUCUUCUUCUAUAAACAGUUUUACAGCUUUGCUGGGUUGAGCCAUUUGCAAAGAUAUUUUAGUGCUAAAUAGCUAAACAAUGUUCAGCGUUUUAGCUGAGGUGUGAAAAUCGGUUUCUGUUUCGGCAAACAUGAAAUAAUCUUGUUUUUAUGUAGUUGUUUUUGUUCAUUUUCAGUAAUUGAUAAUAAAAAAAAAAAAGAUGUUGCAUAUGUAAGACAUGCCCAGAAUAUUCUAAUGUUUAUGUUUUUAUUCUUUUUGGAAGUAUUAAGCGGAAUAAAAUUGUAUUUAAUUAAA